AUGCAUCUGUCGCCACCUCCUGGCAGGGCUAGAAGAUUCACAAAACUAUUGGAUAUAUACAUGAUUCUAAUAAGAAUUCGUUUGUGUUGUUUUGAACAGACAAAACAUGUACUUUCAGCAGUGAUUGUUAUUAAAGGAUUUGGUGGAGUUGGUUUCAUAUUAGACUUUGCAAUUAUGAUGUUGAAGACUAACAAUUUUGUGUUUGUGGGAGUUGUAUAUGGACUGGUUGACAAAGCCGACGCCACAACCACUUCUUCAUCUUCCAUCUCCAUCUUCAAUUAUCUUCCUCCAUCUCUGCUGUUGGCCACCAUCGUCUUCAAGCCGACUUCUGCUGAUUAUGAGUUGACAAAGAAUGAUUACACACCACCACCACCCACCAACCGCCACCACUAUCCACCACCCAUCACCACCUAUCUCCACCACCACCCACCUCCCACUACCUACAACCACCACCACCAUAUGUUUGGAUUUGAUUCAAAUGGCAUCCCUAAAGGAAAGUCUAAUGCGUCGGGCCGUCGGCCCAUGGUGUCGACAGUCCAUCUCACCAUCCCAGCUGCCGGAGGAAUACCUGGACCACCGGUGGUAGUAGUGACCCGAUUUCUUAAAAACGUUGGUGGAAUUGACUCCGGGAGUGGGCGUGCAGGUCAUGUUGUUGCAUCAACCGUAACCCUAAAACACAUCUAUGAAAUCGCAAAGGUGAAGCAAGGGGUCUUCAAGGAAACAUGGAUAGGGGUAAAAACAGACAAUAAUCGUCAUAUGAAGCUUAUGCACUUUGGUGAAACAGAGGACACCUUCAUUGCUGAUCUUUCUGUCCGUUUGGCUACAGAUGGUGUGUUUUCAAGGCGAGAAACAUUUCCAGAUUUGGAUUAUGUUGACUUGUUCACAAGAUAUGGAAAUGAACACAAGCUAGCAGGAUUUUCAGCAACUCUACAAGCCAUUAUUUCCUUUGUUGAAGAUGGGGGCGACCGAAUUCAUUUGAUUAGGGCAGGAAAACACAAGGUAGCUUUUCUUGUAAAAGGACCAAUUUAUUUAGUUUGCAUAAGUUGUACAGAAGAGCCUUAUGAGUCAUUACGUAGUCAACUGGAACUUCUUUAUGGCCAGAUGGUGCUUAUACUCACAGAGUCUGUAAGUAGAUAUUUUGAGAAGAAUCCAAAGUUUGAUAUGAUGCCUUUACUUGGAGGAACAGAUGUUGUUUUCUCUUCCCUCUUCCACUCUUUUAGGAACCCUGCCUCUUUUCUUCAUGCAUACACCUAUCUUCCCCUUCCUUGUGAAACAAGGCAAGCUGUUGCUGCUAUCUUGCAAGAUGUUUCUGAUUCAGGCGUCAUCUAUUCAAUGCUCAUGAGUAAAUACAAGGUUGUGAGUCUUGUAGGUGCACAGAAAGCACAACUCCAUCCUGAUGACAUGCUGCUUCUUGCUAAUUUUGUCAUGGCAUCUGAAUCUUUUAGGACAUCUGAGUCAUUCUCCCUCAUAUGUUUACCAAGACACAAUGCCAUGCCCUUUCUACAUGCUUAUGUUCAUUAUUUUGAUGAUGAUACAUACCUGGUGUUGCUAACAUCUAAUUCUGAUGCCUUCUUUCAUCUAAAAGAUUGUCGGUCACACUGUAAGGUUGGUAAAGCUUAUGAGGCAGUGCAAGAAUGUGAAGAACUAAAGAAGAAAUGUUUGUAUUUGUGA